GGGUUGGUUGUCCUUCCGGUGGGCACGGGACAGCGUCGGUGAGUAGAGUCAGCCAGCUUUCCCUUCCCCCCAACCCCCACGUCUCUGCCUUCCGGCUGCUGCCUUAGUGGGUCUCAAGUGUAACAACCGCUCUCUCAGGCAGGAUCACUGCGAUGGCGGGCCAGGGAAAGCCGCAGAUCCAGUUCAAGCUUGUCCUUGUGGGCGAUGGCGGCACCGGAAAGACAACAUUCAUGAAGCGCCACUUGACCGGAGAGUUUGAGAAGGAGUAUGUAGCCACCCUGGGCGUGGAAGUGCACACACUAGUCUUUCAUACCAACAGAGGACCCAUCAAGUUCAAUGUGUGGGACACAGCCGGCCAGGAGAAGUUCGGGGGCCUGCGCGAUGGCUACUAUAUCCAAGCCCAGUGUGCCAUUAUAAUGUUUGAUGUAACAUCCAGAGUUACUUACAAGAACGUACCUAGCUGGCAUAAAGAUCUGGUGCGUGUGUGUGAAAACAUCCCCAUUGUGUUGUGUGGCAACAAAGUGGAUAUUAAAGACAUGAAAGUGAAGGCAAAGCCUAUUCUCUUCCACCGAAAGAAGAAUCUUCAGUACUAUGACAUUUCUGCCAAAAGUAACUAUAACUUUGAAAAGCCUUUCUUCUGGCUUGCCCGAAAGCUCAUUGGAGAUCCUAACUUGGAGUUCGUGGCCAUGCCUGCUCUUGCCCCACCUGAGGUGGUCAUGGACCCAGCUUUGGCAGCACAGUACGAGCAUGAUUUAGAAGUUGCCCAGACGACUGCUCUCCCAGAUGAGGAAGAUGACCUGUGAGAAAGUGAGGCUGUAGCCCUGCGUCAGAAGUCUAUUUUUAUAGGCAACUGUCCUGUGAUGCCAGCCAGCAGUGCAGCGCGUCUACCACCUUAUUUAGCAAAAAGAGAUCGUGUACUUCAUUGGGAUGCUGAAGGAGAUGAAUGGGCUUCGGAGUGAAUGUGGCAGUUAAAACACACCUUUUUUUUUUUUUUUUUUUUUUGGACUUUAGCUGGUUGGAACAGAGUUGUUUCUUUCCUGGAUUUCAAAGAUAAGACUGUUACAGUCGCAUCAAAAUAUUCAGUGGUGAAAUCUUGUUUGUAACUGUCAUUCCCAUUCUUUUCAUUUAGAAUCAGAAUAAAGUUGUAUUUCAAAUAAUC